AUGGAAGCCGAGGAGAAACGAUACCUCUUCCGCAUUGCCCCAACUGCCACCCGAGAGAUUGAGCGCGGGUAUGUGUCUCAGUAUAUCCGAGACCCUGAAGGGGCCGCCGCCUACCUCCGCGGCAAGGACGGCUGGGAGGACUUCCUGCAGCGGGCCCGCCUGGGCCAAGAUCUCAACCCGCAAAUGAAAGAGUUGGGGGAUUCUCCCGGCACCAAGGCCCAGCAAGCCUUGGAGAGUUUGUUUUGGGCGGCGACCUCCAUCGAGCAAGCGUCGGACCCAUUCCCCCCAGCGCUGUCCGCCCUCGCCGAUGCCGCCCUGUCCGAGCCGGCCCACACGCAGCUCCCCCAUAUCCACGAUUCGAGCGUGAUCCCGCAGCCUCCCCACCGAACCCUGCUCCCCCAGCCGUCUUCCGUGCCACCGCCUCCACCGAUGAUAGGCGGCCACGGGCCGACCGAUCCUCGAUCGUUUAUUCUUCCCCGUCCGACCCCGACCCAGCAGCCGCGCCGUCUCCUGCCUGCACGGGGCCAGCUGGGUCUUCCUGAUCCGUUUACUAUCAAUGGUGGUCCGCCACAGCUUCCGCCGCCACCGGGCUCCAACUUCCAGCGGCUGCCACUGCCCAACUAUCUCGCCCCCCCAGGACCGCCGCAGCCACCAUCGCUGUAUUUCCCUCCGCCUCAUGGACAUCAACAACAUCCUCCCCCGCCACCUCCGCCGCCUCCUGGAUCGCGUCGGUAUUAG